AUGGAUUCCGAGUUGAUAACGCCUCCAUCGCUUGCCGUUGGGGAGUGUUCUCUUGAUCAGAGGGUGAAAGAGUUGAUUGCUUCGCAGAAAAAGUUGAUCGAAUGGCAACCAUACCCUUCUCUGUGCUCAAGAGCCUCUUCUCUGGCAGAUAAAAAGGCCUCGUUGUGUAGGUCGUUAUGCCAUGAUACCUCCAGCCGGUUGUAUGGAGCAGGUGGACUCGACCAAACUGAAGACACUUCCCGAAGCAUGGAAUACCCAGCCAUUGAUGAGACCAUCCUCACAACUGUUGCAUCCACAAGUGCUGCUAAGGAUAGUCAAUCGGUGCGAGAAACUGAUUGUCGGUGCCUCUUGACGAGCCCAUUCAGACCAUUUGAUCUGAAGCGGCCGGUGCCCGUUGAAGAGUCAUCCGAUACAGACGAGCUUCAGCAGCUGCAUCAAACGAGGACCGGACAGACUUUUAGCCUAUCUGACGGAGCCUCGGAGCAACAAUCCGGUCGCGAUGUUCACACCGUCAGAAAAAUGGAUGAAGAGACGAGGCAUAGAAGUCUUAUUGUAAUGAAGUUUGAACCGACUUGUCCCCCGCAAGAUGCUUACGAUUGCCCCGAGGAGCAACCAGAGUUAGACCUUUACGAGUCGUGUGCCCGAUUCAGUGAUGGCACAAACCAUACCAAAUGCUUCGCGAUAGGUUGUCAGCCUACCUUGAAAGAGGAUCGACUCAGUUCUUCCGCUGGCUCGCCCGUCCUAAACUUCACUCCAGCAACUCCUGCUUCUGGAGUUGCCUCUCUUCAUUUCAUUCGGCUAUCGAGCACAACUUCCAGCCCAACAAGCUCUGAUGAGGUCUCUAAAUCCGAUCGCUCUUACUCUCUGACAGACAACCAUGUAACCGAUUUUACUUCUUUGGCGGUCAACUCCAUGGAGACCAGAUGUAAUUGUGAUGCUAUCAGUGCCAUUAGUGUUUACGACGACGAGUUCAAUGCUGUUGUUGCUGAUGAUAUUGACGACAGUUGGAUGGCUAACAGAGGGAGGCCAAACUUGGUCGUUCCUUAUGCUCUCCGUCUCAGGACAGCCUCUGUCACUUCCUUCGUGACUUCCAGAAGUACAAAUGUAGUUAAAGCCUUAGACAUUACCAACAGACAGAUUGAUCUCCCAACUAUCAGAACAUCAGAGGCGUUGUCCGACCGUUUUAGUCUGUAUCAACCAUAUGACACCUCUAAACAAGGCCAGCCACCGAAACCGCGGCAAAGCGUAGAAGAAGAGAUAAAAGAACUAAGAGAACAAUCGAGAGAAGUCCUCUUUGCUCCGAAACCCGCAAGAAAGAUUUCCCAUCAACCUCAGCUCUCCAACCUGGCUAGAUCGAAAUUGAUGCCACCUCCAAAUCGGGCACCACCUGAACUGGUGCAACGGCCCCGGUCGGCUCAAGGACCCAUCUGC